AAAGUGAUUUUCCAAAGCAAACGCGAACCGAAAUCAGCUAAAACAGUUUUAAUUUUUUGUUCGAAGAGUGCGCUUUGUGCUGCGGUGCCAAAGCGUCUUGAUUUGAAAGUGGAGUCAUUUAAGACGGCUUGACUGUGACAAACAGCAAAAUAGAUCGAUUCGGCGCGAGUGUUUGUUUAUAAAUGCUUAUAGUUUUUUAAAAUAUUAUAAUUAAUUAUCUGAAAUUAUUAACUUUUAAACAAAAUAGUGCUUUAAGAAAUUAAGCACGCUAUGUCCAAUAAGUGAUCGAUUUAAUUAAAUAAAAGUGGCGCGUUUACUUUUUAAUAAUUUGUAUGGUUUUUUACAAAAUUCGUAUGUAAAGCGUACCUUUCCGAAAAACAAAAUACCGAACUGUAAAUAUUCAAUAAUUUUAAAAAUAAGUGCAUUUUAAACAGAAGUAAUAAGAAAACACUGCCAAAAUGUUUGAUGUAUUCGGCUCCGUUAAGGGGCUUCUGAAAAUCGAUCAGGUCUGCAUCGAUAAUAAUGUCUUUCGCAUGCAUUACAAAGCUACUGUAAUCAUAUUGAUUGCAUUCUCUCUACUGGUCACUUCUCGUCAGUAUAUUGGUGAUCCAAUUGAUUGUAUCGUGGAUGAAAUUCCUUUGGGUGUUAUGGAUACCUAUUGCUGGAUUUACUCGACAUUUACGGUGCCAGAACGUUUGACUGGUGUCACUGGACGCGAUGUUGCACAGCCAGGUGUGGGACCGCAUAGAGAAGGGGUGGAUGAAGUGAAAUAUCAUAAGUACUAUCAGUGGGUUUGCUUUGUAUUAUUCUUCCAAGCCAUACUAUUUUAUGUACCACGUUACUUGUGGAAAUCGUGGGAAGGUGGUCGUCUUAAGAUGUUGGUUAUGGAUCUCAAUAGCCCAAUUGUGAAUGAGGAAUGUAAAAACGAUCGCAAAAAAAUAUUAGUCGAUUACUUUGUGGACAAUUUGAAACGACACAAUUUUUAUGCAUUCCGUUUUUUCGUUUGUGAAGCUAUGAAUUUUGCUAAUGUUAUUGGACAAAUAUUCUUCGUGGACUUUUUCUUGGAUGGCGAAUUCUCUACAUAUGGUAGCGAUGUAUUGAAAUUCACCGAAAUGGAGCCUGAUGAACGUAUUGAUCCCAUGGCAAGAGUCUUUCCAAAAGUAACAAAAUGCACCUUCCACAAAUACGGUCCUUCUGGCUCGGUGCAGAAAUUCGAUGGUCUUUGCGUGUUGCCAUUGAAUAUUGUCAACGAGAAAAUCUACGUGUUCCUGUGGUUCUGGUUCAUCAUUUUAAGUAUUUUGUCCGGAAUUUCCUUAGUGUACCGUGUUGCUGUCGUGAUGGGUCCAAAAUUGCGUCAUUUGCUAUUACGUGCACGUUCACGCUUGGCAGAAAGUGAAGAAGUCGAAUCGGUAUCGAAUCAGUGUAAUAUUGGUGAUUGGUUUUUGCUUUACCAAUUGGGUAAAAAUAUUGAUCCAUUAAUUUAUAAAGAAGUGAUAUCAGAUUUGUCGCGUGAGUUAGGUGGUACUAAACAUAGUGGACAAAAAGAACGUUUUGAUGCUUAGGGGGGGAUGCAUAUAAAAUAAGUUAAGUUGAAAGUUAAUAGAUGAAAAUGGGGAAAGAGGAAGUUUAAGAUGAAGUGUUAUUUCUUUAGAGUAUUAUGAAAUUAAAAUCAUAUUAUGUUUAGUAAAGGUUUUUUGAAUGAAUUUUUAUAUAAAACAAAAAUUUUUUUAGUUAAACGCAUUUUUAGAGAAGCUGUAGUACAAAAAUAGUAAAAAAUAGUGAAAAAAUGUUCAAAAUGAAUAUAGAAGUAAAUAUUUUUAAACUAAUAGAACUCAACAGAAAUGAAAACAGUAACAAAUUAAUUAAACUCAAUACUUGAGCAGUGCACAACAAGCCAACCAACACAUUUACGCAGUAUUCCCCCCGGUAUUACGCAAAAUUUCGAAUAUUUUUACUUCUUUUUAUUUUGAAUAUUUGGCGUAACUCCAGUGAGCAAAUUUAUCAGUAGCAGCAGCUGUAUCCGGUUUUGAGUGAUUGAGUAAGAGAACGAGUGAGUUUUGUUACAAUCUUUAGGGCUCUUUGCGCUCCCACUCUCUGCAUGUUUUUCUCUCCUGCUGCUUGUUUAAAAGCAGCGUUGCAUUUUAUGUAGUACUGCUCCAGUACUUUUCAAUAUAUUUUAAAUUAAAACCAAUAUGGCUGCGCAUGCAUUUUAUCUCGCUGCCUAAGUGCAACACCAACAAUUACAUACAUAAUAAUGAUGCAAUGUUUUUGUUGCAGCUGCAUGCAACCUGAAUUACACCUAUUUUCAGCAUUUAUCCCCUAUAUCAUCACAGUGUACAUAUGUAUGUAUAUUAUAUAUAUUAUGUACGCUGAUUCAUAGUAGUCAGCAUAGUCAACGUCAGAUAAAUGUGCAAAGCAUUUUGGCUUCUUACUUUGCGCUUAGCGAUUUGAGUUUCUUGCUGUGUAAGCUGUUUCCAAGUGAAAUUGGUAACUCGAACUUUAUAUAUUUUGUUAAACUGGUUAAACAGGCUUAAAUUUUUGUCGUUUGAUGUACACACAAUGCAGCAAGUUCAAGACUCGGCGAGCCAAAGAAGAUGCUACACAGAUUUUAUUGGUCUUUGCUCUUGUUUUAUUUGCUCGCAAUAAUUGCCAAGUAUAGAUUUUUUGAGUGUAUGAUUGUUUAAAAAUGUUGUAGCCAAGAAUGAAAUACAAGUUGAUGUUGGCUACCUGUGUUGAAACAACAGGUACUAAGGCAGACUAAGGCAGGGAAGCAUUUAUAGUUUAGGGAUUAAUUUGAAAAGGAAAAAAAUGCUGCUUUGUUCUGUAAGAAAUUUUGACAGUUUUAUGUGAGAACUAAAAUAUAUGAACUUUAAAUUCAGGUAGUACCAAUAUGAAUAGGAUUAGUUUCCUCUUCGCACACUCAAAAAAAAAAUUUUUUAGGUAGCACAUAGAUCUCAUAUUAGUUAAACAAUUAACUUGGUUAUUUUGAGCAAAAGUAUUGAGGAAUUUUCGAAGUUUUGCAGUUUUGAGCUUUAUUAGUUUAAAAAUAUAAGUAAUACUACAUGCUUCUAGGAAAAAAAGUACAAUUUUUAGAAAACUAAAAACUAAAAACUAAAAAGACAACGAAAAGACAUAGGUCAUACUCCUAAAGUUUAGAACGGUUUAAAGUGUACCAAUUUUAAGCACAAGAACUGUUAUAAGUUUUUGUGAGAAUGUCACUUUAAUUUGUUCCAAACUUUCAGUUACUUUAUUUUAUAUAUACUGAAUUAAUAAAAAAAAAAUAUUAAACAGUUAAUUACUUGAAAUUAUAUUAAAACAACUAAAAACGAUCAUUCCUAAAGGGCAAUAUUUUUGGGCUCUAGAAAUAUUAAAAAAAAAAAUAACUUAUUUGCAUAUUUUGCCUGCCAUAUACCUAUUAAAUAAUAUAGCAUAGCCUUAAAAAUCCGCACAUGCAUUAACUCAACAACGUUACAUUCACAUAAUAAUUAUGUUCAUAUUAUUUACAUACAUAUAUACACAUGUAUGUAUGUAUAUAUAUGUAUGUAUGUUCUGAACUUUAACUAAAAUACUACAAAAUUAGUUUUCCGUGUUAAGUAAAGCAGCAUUUAACUUUUUUGAAUAUUUUUUGAAUAAAAAGAGUAGUUGCAAUAUUUCCGUCUGACGCUGUUAUCUUAUCGCACACUGUAAAGGAGAACUUAAAAUAAAACAAGCAAAUUUUUGAAAUUUUGAAAUCAUUAUAAUUUUUUUCUUUUCCUUUUGAACAAAGUAUAUGGCACUAAAAAACAUAUUUGAUUAAAAUUUUAAUUUAAAAUGAUGUGCUAACGUCGAAAGUCUAACAUCAAACACCACAAAAACAAAAACAAAAACAAUAACAAAAACCAAAAAAUCAAGUACACGUACAAUUAAACUGUUAUAUGUGCUGUUAAAUAUAUCAUUGACAACAGUUUGCACGUAAAUGAUCUUGAUAAAGUGUUAUAAUUUUUAUUGUACGAGUAUACACUUUUGUUGAUGCCAAAAUUAUUAAGUAAUAAAUUCAAAAUUAAAAAAUAAAAACAAAAAACAAAAAGCAAACAAUCGUCUCAACUGCGGCAAAUUAGUGUGCGGUCAAAUAUUAAAUUGACAACAAUAAAAGAGUAACAGUAUAACAGUAACAUAUAUUUGACAUUAUAUUCUCUGCUAGUUGCAAACAUAAUAAGCUACAAAAAAGUCCGCACUUUAUUACUGUAAUUUAUGUGCUAUUUGUCUCAUUUAUGUUGUUUUUGUUUUUGUUUUUGUUGUUAUUGUUGUUGUUGUUGCAAGCUAAGCUCAUUCACUUAUGCGUAGGUGAGCGGCGUGUGUGCUUAUUUCCUUCUAAUUACAAUAAGUGAGUAUAGUAGCAGCACACAGUAUAGUUUAUUGUGCUAAAUAAAAUUAAUUUUACUCUCAAUUAGUGAUGAUGUAGUAAACAUACAUAUAUGACAACAAAA